AUGGAAGGACAAAAUCAACUUUUAGUGUCAGAUUUCACUUCUCAGCAACCAUUUGAUGAAAUAUUUAAGAACAAAAAUGUCCCCUUCACCUAUGUUAUCCAUACGGCAUCCCCUUUGAAGUUCAAUAUCAACAACAUCCAGGAAGAGAUGAUCGAGCCUGCCGUUAAGGGUGCUGUUUCUGUCCUCAACUCGUUCGAGGACAUCACCCGCGAGGGCCGUCCUUACAAUGAAAAUGAUUGGAACCCAGUGACCGCUCAGCAAGCCAUGGACCGGAAAGACACAGUGCUUGGCUAUAAUGUGUCCAAGACCCAGAGUGAAAAAGCUGCGUGGGAGUUCAUGAAGACCAACCGGCCCAACUUUGAUCUAACUGUGAUCAAUCCGGACAUUAUCAUAGGCCCUAUGAUUCAUCCCAUCUCGGGACCAAGCUCUAUCAACGAGACCAACCACUUUGCAAUCGCGAGCUUCAUUGAUGGGACACACAGUGCCGUUGAGGAUGUGCGAUUUCCGUUUUAUCACUUUGUCGAUGUCCGGGAUGUCGCCCAGAGCCAUGUGGACGCCUUGACUAACCCUGCUGCGGGGGGUAGGCGGAUUCUGCUUAUCUCUGGAUUAAUCACGCCGCAGUUGGUUGUGAACAUCAUUCGACAGAACUUUCCCAGCUUGAGGGAUCGUGUUCCGGAAGGAAAUUCUUCACAAAUUUUGCCAAAUGGAGUACAUCCGACUGGCUGGGAUAUGCAGGUCAGCUUGGAUAUCUUAUCCAAGGGGAGAGAGGGAGGACAUUGGAAGUAUAUUCCGUUGGAACAGAGUGUCACUGAUGCUGUGCAGUCAAUGAUCGAUCAAAAUGUUCUAUAG